GAGUUUGGAAAUGUUUGAUUUGGGAUUUUGGAGCGAAGAAAGGAUAAACGAGAGAAAUGGAAAAGGGCGGGGCGGCAAGGAUAGACCUAAAGCGAGAAGCGAGGGAGGAUCUGAGCGGGCAUGUUCAUCUACUUCCCUGUUGCAUCAAACACGAUGGUCCCACCCAAGUUUCUCACUAUUUCAAACCUAAGCCCACAGGCGUCGUCGGUGAAGAAGACGGUUUACCACUACAGCAAUCACAUUUUAGAGGCAGGUUGCUCCAAGGAACUACUCUCCCUCUUCCUCACGGUUACUCUGGUUUUGUCCUGGGAAAGAAAACUCCGCGUAAUAAAUCCGAUGAAAACUCUAAUUCUUGGGAGACGAACGCUACGUUUCAAGAUAUUACGUAUUGGAACCACGACUACGCUCCUUCGCAGAAUGAUGAUUUCAUCCGUGCUUUCCAUUGGCUCACCGUUGCAAAUGCUCUGCAUAGUCCUGUGACACCUGAGGAGUUAGAGUCAUCAUCUUUCACACUCUAGAGGGACAAUUACACUCCUUACAAAAUGCUGAAGCCGACAAGCCGCCGUCGUAUUUUCAGUUUAUUUAUUCCUGUAAUUUUUUGUGCUUUUGUUGUAUGUUGUCUUCAACUGUCCCCAUGUAUUUCCCAUUUUAUACUAUCCUAUUUGUUUUUCACUAUGUGAAAACAAUUUGUAUCUUAUCAUAGAUGGAAAACUUGCUGUCUCUAAUAGCACAUCAUGUCUAGUCUCUAUCUACUGAAGGAGGAGGAUAACUUGCAGUAUGCAGGCCUAUCACUAUCAGAAUCAUACAUAAUUGUGGAGGCACGGUGAAGACGAGCUCAAAGACCUCAAAGCUUUUAUAGAUGAUGAUUGGUUUCUUGAAGAGUGUUCUCUUGUUUUCUUCGUUAAAUUAAUAGUGACUCUUAACUUAUUUUUUCUUUUUUAGUUGGAAAGGCACAUGUUAACUAUGUUAUACUGUAUUACUACCAACUUAACUAUUGUGUUUGUGCAAUGGAGUGAGGGGUGGUUCUGACCGCAUGAGAAUUGACGGGGCCUCAAUACUUUAAAACUUAAUUUUUCCAAUGACUGCAUCCACAUUACAAUGGA